GAAGUAUCAUCACUUUGAAAAAGAAAUCAGUUAAGACGUGCCUUCAAACUUUUAUCAUAAGAAAAAAAUCCUUAUAAGAAAAAAUAGGUUACUUUUAGGUUACUUAUCCUCAAUUCAUUCUCAAAAUUCUCAUGAAAACCCUAAUCACUCACCUAUAUAACAAGACUACCAAGAUAGUACUCACCAGAGAGAUAAACCAAAACUUCACACCAUACCACAAACAACUUUCCUUCAAAACCUUCACAAACUUUCCUUAUCAGCACAAUAAUAAAUCCAUACGUAUCAGAAUAGCACCUUCGCAAGUCGCACCAACACAACUCUCAACAAAUUCAUCACUGCGACUUCCACUUGCUUCACAACCGAAUCAAUAACAACACCACAUCUGCACGAGCCUCAACCGAUUGCAACACUUUCGGAUCCGCAAUCUUCAACAAGCUUUUGCGAGUUCGAUUCAGAAACGUUCGACAACAUUUAGCGCACAAAGGCAACCUUCGAUCAGCACCAACAGCUUCAACGCCUAGACCUUUGGAUCGGCAACAAAUCUCCUUCACCGCAACAAUUCGGCUCAGCUUCAAAGGAUUUGAGAGGAACUCGUAACAUCCGAGACGAAAACUCAAAGCCAUACUUGUUGGAGAGCUUCUAUCUUUGCUUGUCUGAGUGUAAUUGAAGUUAUAAUCAUCCAAGAUCUCCUAUCUUUGCUCGCUUGAGAUCUUAUAGAAUUGAUCACCUUUUCAUCCUCAUAUCAGGUUUACAAUGAAGGGCACGUCUGUGACUUUCAGUAUCAUUUUGUUUCUCCUCAGCGUAACGGUAGUCACACUAUUCACGUUAGUUUUGGUCAAAUAUUAUUCACCAUAUCAACAAAAUGACCUGAAGAUGUAUACUAUCCUUACCGAACCUUAUUCGGAAAAUAAAUCUGGUUUGCUGCUUCGAUACAAUAGAUUGAUACAUCAAGCUGCUAAUAGUGACUCGGCAUCAAGGCCCAUUCUCACCUUCAACUGGAAUAUUUGGAAUGGAUUUGUCAUAAAUCUAACCAAAAAAGAAGCAAGAAGAAUGAAUGGACUUGAAGGUGUUGUGUGGGUUUUUCCCCGUAAAAAGCCGGAAAUUAUACUCGAUGAUGAGACUUCGUUGGCUUGGAAAGAGAAUUUAAAUAAUAUAUUUUAUGUAAUUUUAAUUAUACUCUUUUAUGUUAUUAUAGAAUAAAAAUAGCAAUAGAUUUAUAUCAUUUUAAUGGUGAAAAAUGUAUGAUAAUUGCUAGUACCCGUUAAUUGGAGGGAUGUCUUGUCUGUAACUGUUUUUGGGUUUAAUGAAAUCUUAUUGCUUCCCAAAAAAAAAAAUACAACAAUGACAUACACUUCUAAAGUGUGUAAUAAAACUAGAAUCUUUACUGCACAA